AUGACCACUAGCCACGUCCAGUCGGAUUCCGGCUCCACAAACUCGGAGGGUCACCAAACUAAGGAUCCUCAAGCUCAAACUCAACAUGAGAGCAGCUCGUCCGAUCCCACUCAAGAGAAGAUAGCGACUGAGCAGGGCGGAGAGAGCGAGUCGAACGACUCCAACGAGGACUUCAAGGGCGCUAUUCCAAAAGAACUUCUACCUAUCAACCUUGCCGGCGCAGGACUCUACGCUAAGGUGUAUUACUGCAUCCCUCGUGAUUCCAUCCAACCCUAUCCCAACAUCGCGAAGCAUUCAGCCGAAAUACCGAAGAGCGUAAAGGAUCAAGUCUGCGUAGUGAAAGUGAUUGGCACCUCGAAAUCAGCCCAGAGGGCACAGAACGAAGUUUCAAUCCUUGAAAGACUCCAGCAGUCCAACGACUAUCCCCAAAAUCGUAUCAGUCAUUUCAUCAAGUGUGACAUCCAAACCACCAGACUCUCCUCAAUCACGAUAGGGGCAGUGUCGGGGCCGACAUUAUCUGGAUUCGAGAGGGCCUACAUGGAGCCGCGAGCUGACUGGGUGCCGAGAGAAUUCAUCUGGCAUAUUUUCCUUCAGCUGGGAGCGUCGAUACGCUUCAUCCACGACAUGAAAGUUACUCAUAACGAUAUCCACUCCGGAAACAUCAUGCUUGAUCCAGGAAGGCAGGACUUUCCCGGACUACCCAAUGUUGUUCUGAUAGACUUUGGGAGGGCCAGCGACUUCGAUACCGCCACCAAGAACCCGGAUGGCAAAUCAAAGGCCUUUACAAGUCGAGGAGAUAUGGCUCGUCACAUAGGCCAAGACCACUUCCACUUCUCUUGUGUCAUGCGCUCGCUCUGCGCGAGCAUAUGGAAAGCGGAAACCCGGGAAUGGCGUGGCUUUGUCGACCACUUGAAUGAGUAUGAAUCCCGGUUCACCCGUAAUAAGCUUACAGAGAACGAUAUUUCUACAUUUCUGGAGGACUUGUUUACUCAAUACGAGGGCCCUGCCGAUGCGGAACGCGAGCAAAUGAACCAGCAAGACAAAACGAACAUUAUGGAACACCUCUGGGAUGACAGGGUUCGCUCAAGGGGCCCCAGCGACGAGGAGAUACGCAAUGCCAUCAUGGCUGAGCUCGAAGAAGCAUAGGCUGGAGUAGUCUCUGGGAUUGCUGGCUUCUCUUUUUGCCCCCAUCCCAAACCGCCAUCUUUUAUUAUCGCAUAGAGCAUUACUAGAAACGUAAUACAAUAGUUUCUGCCGCAUUUGGCAUCCCCU